AUGAUUCCCCUGGCUCCUGCAUAUGUCGAUCGGUUUCGCGCCUGGUCGCGGGCGGCGCGCAAGCGGCCGGCGAUACCGAAACCGCUCCACAACCCCAGCAACCAGUGCUACCAGAACUCCGUGAUCCAGUUGUUGCGAAGCUCGUCGUCACUUGUAGGGAUUCUCGGCGACGAAGGUGUCGGCCUCGCUCCACGAACGGCAGAAAAUUCAAGGUCGCUACAAUUCGCGGCGGCGUUACGCGACGCGCUACGCUUCGAUUCCGAUGCUGGGCUCCUUUCUCGAAAGAGCCGGUGGCUGGGCUUUUCUCUGGACCGACAGGACGACGCGCAUCGGUUCCUCGACGCCGUCCUCGAUGCGUCGUCGACCGGUUUUGGCGGCCUCGUCGAAGCCCUAUGUGGCACUACCCUUACGAGGACGACGAGGUGCACGAGAACAAGUUGCCAGCACGAGAGCACGUGUAUUACUCCUGCGGAGCUCGGGUUGAGCCUACCAGUCCCUUCGACGGGCAAGCACACGGUCGCCCACCUGCUCGGCCUCUUCUCGCAGCCCGAAGCAGUGGACGAAGAUUACAAGUGCGAGGGCUGUGACCGGUGUGGAUGCUGCAGCAGCAUACUCGAGUCAAUUGGACACUCGGAGGUCCUCGUCCUGGCCUUGAAGUUCAACACGAACGACGAAAGGAAGAAGCUUCGGCGGGGACUCAUCAAGCUCUCCCAGGGACUCCAGGUGGGGUCGAGCAACUUCCUGCUUUGUGGUACUGUUGUGCACUUGGGCGGGUACACAGAUGCAGGCCACUACAUAGCGCGCUGCAAAGGACCGGACAACAAGUGGCGCGUGUACAACGACGGCGCCCCGGCCGUGGUCUGUUCGUAUGCCGACGUGUGCAAGGCCUCUGAAAAGGACGUGUGCUUGCUGUUGUACCAGCGCGCGCGUCAGGCCGCACUUCCGUCGCUCCAGGCGCCACCCACCAACGGGUGGGCUUCGUUCGGCGACGACGACGACGACGAGAGCGACACGGAGAGCAGUGACAGCGACGACGAGAACCCGCCGCCGCCGCCGCCGCCGCGCGCCGAAGAUGAUCGAGGCGGGAAGCGGAGCAAGAAGCGGCCGCGCGUGAACGAGCCGCCGCCGCCGCCGCCGGACGACGCGCGGCAGCCCUGGUCGCUUUUGCGCGCCCUGUGCGACGAGGAUGCGCCGAACGGUGUCGACGCCGACGAGUUCGCGCAAGGAAUCGAGGAUCGCGCCGCGAAGCUCGUCGGGGACUGGCGCCGGCUCGGCCUCGGGGAGCAGCCGGAGCCAGACGAGGCGCGCGGAGGCGACGACGCGUUCUCGAUCGCGUGCAUGUGCGCGCGGGUGGGGCGCCUGGCGCCGGUCCUCGAGAUGCUGCUCGACGAAAAGGACGGCCUGGGCUUCGAACCGAACCACGUGACGUCGUCGGGACGGACGCUUUUACAUAUAGCGGCCGAGUUCAACAACUUCGCGGCCGUCGCGUGCUUGAUCCGUCAAGGUGCGGAUCUCAUGUUACGCGACGUCGAGCAGCGCCUCCCGCUACAUGUAGCGGCCGCCGAGGCCACUGCGGCCACAGUCAUGCUGCUGCUGACGGAAACUGGCGAGGCGGCGAAGACGCUCGAGCAGGAUGGCGACGAGAACACCGCCACUCUGGCGGACGGGUGGCUGCUCAAAGACAAGAGCGACCAGGGCACGCCCGUGGACAUCGCGAGAGCGCGCACGGACGGCGAGAACGGGCGCUUCGUGUGUGAGGUUCUUGAGAACGGCGAGUGGGACGACGCCUGGUUCCAGGACGUCGAGCGGGACCCGGGCGAGUGCAGCGAGCGCAUCCGCAUGAUCCUCCGCGGCGAGCUGGUCGACGAUUCGGAGGACGAGCGGCGCGGCGGCGACGAUGACGAUGACGCGGUACGAGGACACGACGAGGGGCCCGGACAGGGGCGAGGCGCUUCGCCGGAGCGUGACGACGACGACGACAACGUCGAGUCCUCGCAGAAGGAUGGCCAGCCGCGGCGCCGGUCGGAGCGCCUGAAGGCCCUCGAGAGGCGGGCCGAAACCGCCGAGACGAGCGACGACGACUCGAGCGACAAGCCCUUCCGCGCGCCCGACGACGAUAAUGAGGAGGAGGAGGAGAUCGACGCGAGCGACGGCGACGACGUGGCCCCUACGGCGUCGACCUCGAGAUACGGGCGGCAGUCGCUGUUCGACCGCGUUAGGGCGGCGAAACGGCGCGGCGACAACGCCGCCCUGGCGAAGCUCAUAGGCCCGCUGAGCCCCGAGUACGACGGCUGGACGAAGGGCGAUGACCUGCCCGACGGCGACCUCAAAAAGUGGCUCGAGUUUGGUCACGCGAUGGCGAGCGAUGCGCUGUCGUACGACCUCGUGCAGCGCCUCGUCGACGCCUGUGUGACGGCGAAUGUGCAGCCUCCUACGCCGUGCGACGAGUACACGCUGGACGACUACGCCCAGAUGCUGCGGGCCUGGCGGGAGUCGCUUCAUACGCGGUGCCGUUUCAAGCGCGAGGCGCUCCAUCUGCUGGCGAAGAAGGUCGAGACGCUGCUCUCCGACUCGAAACAAGCCAUGAUAAAGAACGCGACGUCCAAGCCGAACGUCUGCGAGCGUUGUUUGGGGAGGGCGCAGACGUUGUUGGAGCGCAAGCCCGACGUCGACAAGAUCGAGUAUGGCAAGCCCCGCGAGCCCCCCUACUUCUGCCUCCGGCGCGGCGGCGUCGCCGUGGUCUUGAAUGAUAGACAGCUCGUGCGCGACCACCUCUGGCUCUCCGUCGUCUUCCGCGGGUGGCUCUGCAAACCGUGCAACAACCUGCUCCGCGACGUCGACACGCGCUCCACCGACGCCUACCGCACGUUCCAGCGCCGCGUCGGCCGAAACUGUCGGACAUUCUCACGCUCCGGGGACGCUACCGCGGACGACAUCGUCGACGCUCUGCGGGCGGACUACGCCGACUCGUCGACGGGCGCGAUGGACUGGGUCGCUUUAGGAAAUGACAGCGCCGGCCUCUUUAGGGCUCCGCCGGAGCUCAACUUCUUCUGGGGGCCGGUGCCGGAGCCGCCGCCGCCGCCGCCGCGCGCGCGCCCGAAGCGCGGCCGCGCCGCUGCGGAGGAGGCGGCCGCGCCGCCGGUGCGGCGCUCGCGCCCGAGGCGUAGCUGCGCCGCAUACGCGGAGGCGGCCGCGCCGCCGCCGCCGCCGCGCUCGCGCCCGAGGCGCGGCCGCGCCGCCGUGGAGGAGACGGCCGCGCCGCCGGCGCGGCGCUCGCGCCCGAGACGUAGCAGCGCCGCAUACACGGAGGCGGCCGCUCCGCCGCCGCGCCGGCUACAGUAA